CAGUUAUAAAAAAUGGUGGUCGAAACAAAGUAUUACGAGGUCCUCAGCGUUGAAACGGAUGCCUCUGACCAUGAAAUUAGAAAGGCCUACAGAAAAUUGGCCAUGAAAUACCAUCCUGAUAAGAAUCCUGAAGAGGGCGAAAGAUUCAAAGAAAUCUCUCACGCCUACGAGAUUCUGUCGGAUCCUGAGAAAAGAGAACGAUACGACCGAUUUGGUGAAGAAGGACCGGGCGGUGGAGGCGGUUUUGGAGGAGCAGGAAUGUCUGCAGACGAUUUGUUCGCUAACCUCUUUGGUGGUGGAUUCGAUUUUGGUGGCGGAGGAUUCGCCGGUGCCGGGUUCGGUGGAGGCAUGCCUAACCGUCCUCGUCGUGGUGAAAGUAUGAAAUACCCUUUGUCUGUCAACCUGGAGGACCUUUACAAUGGAAAGCGUACCAAGUUGGCAUUGGAAAAGAACGUCAUCUGCAGCAACUGUAGUGGUAAGGGCGGAAAGACCGGUGCAGUCAAGAAAUGUGCCACCUGUAAAGGACGUGGAUUCCAAGUGGCCAUGCGUCAAAUUGGCAUGGGUAUGAUCCAGCAAAUGCAAGUUCCUUGCGGUGACUGCAACAGCACGGGCGAAAUCGCCAAAGAUCGGUGUAAGAAAUGCAAAGGCAAGAAGGUCACUGUGGAGAAGAAAUUCCUUGAAGUCUUUAUCGAGAAGGGCAUGAAGGAUGGUCAAAAGAUUGUGAUGAAAGGCGAAGGCGAUCAAGAGCCGGGUGUUGAGCCGGGAGAUGUUGUUCUUGUGUUGAACCAAAAGGAUCAUCCUGUCUUUAAACGCGAAGGUGCGGAUUUAUUAUGCCACGUCACGAUCAGUUUAACGGAAGCUCUUUGCGGUUUCGAUAAAAUUAUUGUCACCCAUUUGGAUGGUCGCGGUAUUCACGUGAAGCAUCCUGCUGGUCAAGUUAUCAAACCCGGAAUGGUGAAGCGCAUUCCCAACGAGGGUAUGCCGAUCUUUAAACGAUCGGACGAUAAAGGCGAUCUGUUUGUACAGUUCGAUGUGGAAUUCCCCGACAAUAUGUUUGCAUCCGUUGAUAAGAUCAAAUCGCUGGAAGCCAUUUUACCUGCGCGAAAGACUGACUCCAAACCUACACCCGAGAUUGUGGACGAGUGCGCAUUGAUCGAGGGGGAUAUGGACAACUUUGGUGCCUCGGGACAAUCUCGACAAGCCUAUGAAGAAGACAACUACAGCGACGAUGAAGGACAAGGCGGUAUCAACUGUGCUCAGCAGUAAUCAUAGACGUUUCUUUUUUUUCUCUCCACAACCUGAAUCCAAAAGAACCCAAAAAAAAUAAAAAGCAAUGCUCGCCCAAGGACAGUCAAAGUUGAACUGGAGUCGACCGGAAAAGGGAAUCUUUCGCAAGGCAUCAUCACACAGUUGCACAACGAGUUAGCUACAAAAAAAAAAAUCCAUACAAGAAGCUCCCGGAGAUUUGAACACUACAUGACUAUUUUUUUUCUGUAAAUAAAACACUCACGGUUAUUUUCAUUGUACAACGUUGUUAUAAGGUUUUCUUUAAUGUGGUGUUGUCACAAAGUGUUU